UACCUCCUACUGUCCUACACCAACUAGUCAACUACCUCCCACCGUCCCACGGUCGACGGUCCCCAUCUCCUCCACCUACACCUUCCGUAGCAACGCUCCUUUCUCUCUCUCCGACGUGCCGGCCUAUCAUUAUUAAUUAUCAUUAUUGUUCCAGAGCCCUGGUGUAUGGAGAGACCGGAUUAUAGAAUAGAAAAUUGAUCGCCGCCAUAAAAUUAGGACGAGGAGGAGAGGAGAGGAGAGAGGCGGAGAGUGUUUGGUCGUUGGGGAACUGCCUUCUAGCUAGGGUAGGUAGAGUGGGGGAGGCAGCUGGCCUAGCAAGAGGAGCAGCAGGAGCAGGAAAGAAGGCAGGCACUUGGCAGGGGACAUGGCGGUGCGGGCAGCUGGUCUGCUGGCAGCGUUGGUUGUGGGUUUGGCCGCGGUGUACUGCGCGAUGGACCCCCUACGGCUGAGCGCCGUAGCCGACUUCCCGGGCUUCGAGAGCCAUCCCGUAGAGCUUCCCCCUUGGUCGGAGCUGCCGGCCGCCAGGGACGCCGAGGAUCGGCUGCGGAGAGCGGAGAUCCGCUUCCUGAACCAGGUGCAGGGCCCCGAGAGCAUCGCCUUCGACCCGCUUGGCCGCGGCCCUUACACCGGCGUCGCCGACGGACGCGUCCUCUUCUGGGACGGCGCCCGCUGGUCCGACUUCGCAUACACCUCCCCCAACAGAACGGAGGAGCUGUGCGGCCCAAAGCCAUCCCCUUUGAGUUAUUUGAAAAAUGAGCAUAUCUGCGGGCGGCCACUGGGUCUACGGUUCGACAAGAAGACUGGUGAUUUAUACAUUGCUGAUGCCUACUUCGGGUUGCUGAAGGUCGGUCCACAAGGUGGCCUGGCUACACAGCUGACCACACAGGCAGAAGGGGUCCCUUUGAACUUCACUAAUGACUUGGAUUUAGAUGAGGAAGGGAACAUCUAUUUUACGGAUAGUAGCACCAAUUACCAGAGAAGGAAUUUCUUGCAACUAGUUUUCUCUGGGGAACCUUCGGGAAGGCUUUUGAAAUACAGUCAAAUUACAAAAGAAACAACAGUCCUUCUCCGGGGCCUUCAGUUUCCUAAUGGUGUAUCCAUGAGCAAAGAUGGGUCAUUCUUUUUGUUUUGUGAAGGAUCUCGUGGCAGGUUGAGCCGAUACUGGUUGAAGGGAGAAAAGGCAGGAACAUGGGAGGUUUUCGCUACCCUACCUGGGUUUCCAGAUAAUGUGAGAACUAACGAGAAGGGUGAAUUCUGGGUGGCAGUCCACUGCCGUCAUUCGGUGUAUGCACAUGUUCUGAGUCGCUACACCCAGUUGAGAAAGUUCCUGCUUAAGCUCCCUAUCCCAGUCAAGUAUCACUACUUGAUGCAGAUAGGAGGCAAACUUCGUGGAGUGAUUAUCAAGUACGGCCCAGAGGGGGAGUUGCUUGAAAUUCUGGAAGACCGGCAGGGGAAGGUUGUUAGGGCAGUUAGCGAAGUCGAAGAGAAGGAUGGGAAGCUUUGGAUAGGAUCAGUGCUCAUGCCAUUUAUUGCCGUUUAUUGAUCAUAAUUUAUAUUUCUCAUGAUCAUAUAUACCUGCUUGUGCUAGUUUAAAGGGGACAAGCAUGCUGGCAUGCGGAAUACUAAUUUGUAUGAUGAUCUACGGCGAGACUUCAUGAUUCAACUUCCGGAUGCGAUUAAUCUCUUGAUCAGGGGUUAGGCAUUUUGCGGAAUUUGUGUCAAGGAAAUAAAUAGCAGGUUGUUGGAGUGAAUCUCAUGGAAAUAGGAGAUGUUUCAAACAAUGACUGCAGCAUAUUUCUUCUUUAUAAUUAUCUCAUUCCGCGGAGGAAAA